AUGGCGGAGAAGGAGGCCACAGUUUACAUUGUGGAUGUUGGGAAGUCCAUGGGCGAGCGCCAUCAUGGUCGCUUAGUCUCGGACCUCGAAUGGGGCAUGCAGUAUGUGUGGGAUCGAAUAACUACUACAGUAGCUACAGGCCGAAAGACAGCUACUAUUGGAGUAGUGGCCUUACGAUCGGACGACACGUUGAAUGAGCUUGCAGACGAGCCCAGUUUCGCGCAUAUUUCGGUUCUCCAAAACCUUGGCCAGGUACUUAUGCCCGACCUUCGGAAGUUGCGAGACUCGCUCAAGCCAAGCCAUACGAACAAAGGCGAUACUAUCUCGGCAUUUGUCAUUGCGAUUCAAAUGAUUCAUGCCUACUGCAAAAAGCUCAAGUACAAGCGAGAGAUAGUGAUGGUGACUAACGGCAACGGUUUCAUCAACGGAGAGGACUUGGACCAUAUCAAACAAAAGGUCAAGGAGGAUAAUAUAAAAUUGACGGUGAUCGGGGCUGAUUUUGAUGACCCGGACUAUGGAGUCAAAGAAGAAGACAAAGACCCACGAAAGGCUGCAAAUGAAAGGCUUCUUCAGCAAUUUGUCGAAGACUGCGAUGGUGCGUAUGGGACACUCGAGCAAGCUGUCACCGAGUUGGAGAUCCCUCGCGUCAAAAUUACCAAGAGCAUGCCAUCGUUCAAAGGCUUCCUUCAGCUUGGGGACGCAACGAAAUACGAAACCGCAGUCCGCAUUCCUGUAGAACGCUACUUCAGAACGUACGCCGCCAAGCCUCCGUCUGCUAGCUCUUUCGUUCUACGCUCUGGAGGAGAGCAGGAUGGAGAUUCGGGAACGGCCACAAAUCAAGCACCUGGAGAGGGCGAUGCAUUGGCAGCGGUGCGGACAUCACGGACUUACCAAAUCACCGAUGAGUCUGCCCCGGGAGGAAAAGUCGAUGUUGAGCGAGAUGAUCUUGCUAAAGGUUACGAGUAUGGACGGACCGCUGUCCACAUCAGCCAGACAGAGGAGAACAUUACAAAUCUCGAAACUUUUGCUGGAUUGGAGAUUCUUGGGUUUAUCGCAAGUGAGAAGUACGAUCGCUAUCUGCACAUGUCCAAUGUGAAUGUGAUCAUUCCUGCAAGAGCCGACGAUAACGCCUCUCUUGCCCUGUCUUCCUUUGUCCACGCUCUUUUUGAACUAUCGAGUUUUGCUGUGGCUCGAUUAGUGGCCAAGGAAAACAAGCCUCCACUUCUAGUGCUCCUCGCUCCGUCAAUAGAGCCAGACUUUGAAUGCCUUCUCGAAGUUCAAUUGCCAUUCGCUGAGGACCUUCGGUCAUAUCGAUUCCCUCCGUUGGACAAGGUCGUUACUGUUUCAGGCAAGGUUGUUACAGAACACCGCAAUCUCCCUAAUGACGACCUUCAGAAGGCAAUGGACCAGUACGUGGACAGCAUGGAGAUGGACUUGAAGGACGAUGAUGGGGACCUCAUUGAAGGCCUUCCAAUCGAACACUCUUUCUCUCCACUAUUGCAUCGCAUAGAAGCCGCGGUGCGGUACCGUGCAAUUCAUCCGAACGAGCCAGUCCUUGAACCCGCCGACCGCUUGACUAAGUUCUCUCACCCCGACGAAGAGCUUGUGGAAAAGACCAAGAAGGAAUUGGAGAAGCUUAUUGCGGCUGCUGAUGUCAAGAAAGUUCCACCCAAAACCAAAGGCCGCAAGCGCCAGCGCGAAACCGAAAAGCCCCUCUCAGGCUUGGACAUUGACGCACUUCUCAAGCAAGAGCCUAAGCGAGCUAAGAUAUCCGCACGAAACGCCAUCCCAGAGUUCAAGCAGGUUCUCUCUUUGGCGGACACUAUUGAGACCAUCCACGAUGCAGUCCAGCAGAUGGGUCAGAUCAUCGAGGACCAGAUCAAGCACAGCCUCGGCGAUGCGAACUAUGACCGUGUCAUUGAAAACCUGGGGACAGUGCGCGAAGAGCUACAGGAUUAUGAAGAGCCGGCUGCUUAUAACGAUCUCAUUCGCCAGCUCAAAGAGAAGAUACUCAGUGAGAGUCUUGGGGGAGAUCGGCGAGAGCUAUGGUGGCUGAUACGUAAGAGCAAGCUGGGGCUUAUUGACAAGAAAGCCUCCGAAGUGUCGACUGUGUCAGAAGAAGAGGCAUCUGAGUUCUUUUCGACUUCCUGA